GGAGGUGCACGCCGCGUCACGCGCAGGGGCAGGGGCAGGGAGCUGCGCGCGCUCCCGCUCUCGCUCGCUCUCGCUCGCUCUCCUGCUCGCGCUCCAGGGCGGGCGGUAUUUCGGCGUCGAGCAGCUCCUCCCUCUCUCCCCGGACUGAGUUGAGGGGAAACGGCGGACUCGGGACGCGCAAGCUGACAGUGGAUUUAAAUAACCGUACCGUUAAUGAGAGAAUAAUUAUAACAAUAAUAACACUAACAACAUCCAUUGGUUGAAACAAGUGAGCAGACAGAACAGCUACGCGUAUCACCAGUUUGAACAGGACAAGUGGAUAUGCUGCCCUGACAAUGAGUUAAGUGGUGCCCUCUUGCUGUGAUACAAGGACACUGAUGGUAUGGGAAUUAUGUACCAAGCCAAUGGGCAGUCGAGUGUUGUCCACUUCAAUGCUACUGCUUCAGAGAGAAGCAGCAGCUCCGAGUCCCUGAGUGAUAAAGGCUCCUCUGAGCUGAAGAAGAGUUUCGAUGCAGUGGUGUUUGACAUCCUCAAGGUGACGCCAGAGGAAUAUGCUAGUCAAAUAACUCUAAUGGACGCUCCAGUUUUCAAAGCUAUUCAGCCUGAGGAGCUGGCGAGUUGUGGCUGGAAUAAAAAAGAAAAGUACAGUUCUGCACCAAACGCUGUUGCCUUUACAAGGAGGUUUAACCACGUCACCUUCUGGGUGGUUCGAGAAAUUCUUCAUGCACAGACACUGAAAAUAAGAGCAGAAGUGUUGAGUCAUUAUAUUAAAACGGGAAAGAAACUCUGUGAGCUCAAUAAUCUCCAUGCACUGAUGUCCGUAGUAUCUGGUUUACAAAGCGCACCGAUCUUCAGACUAACCAAAACGUGGGCGCUCCUAAGUCGGAAAGAUAAAACUACCUUUGAAAAAUUAGAAUACUUGAUGGCUAAGGAAGAUAAUUACAAACGGCUCAGAGAAUACAUCAGCACCUUGAGCAUGACUCCCUGUAUCCCUUAUUUGGGAAUGUAUCUGUCGGACCUGACUUACAUCGACUCUGCCUACCCCUCCACAGGCAGCAUCCUGGAGAACGAGCAGAGAUCGACUUUAAUGAACAACAUCCUGAGAAUCAUCUCAGACCUGCAGCGAUCCUGCGAGUAUGAUAUACCAGUGUUGCCUCAUGUUCAGAAGUACUUCAACUCUGUCCAGUACAUUGAAGAACUCCAGAAAUUCGUAGAGGAUGACAACUACAAGCUGUCACUGAAGAUCGAGCCAGCCACAAGCACUCCUCGUUCCACAGCAUCUCGGGAGGAUUUAGUAGGUCCUGACUCAGUGGCCUCCCCCCAGAGUGGCCGGCGGAAUGUAGCAGGAGAGGGGGGUGCGUUAUCCAAAGUGCCCCCUACGCCCCCAUCGCCCCGAAACCUCAUACCCUACGGACACAGGAAGUGCCACAGCUUGGGAUACAACUUCAUUCACAAGAUGAACACAGCAGAGUUUAAGAGCGCCACCUUCCCCAACGCGGGCUCUCGACACCUGCUGGACGACAGCGUGAUGGAGAGCCACACCCCCUCACGGGGGCAGGCCGAGAGCUCCACCCUCUCCAGCGGCAUCUCGCUAGGGAGCAGUGAAGGAUCAGAGCUCAGUGAAGAGACUUCUUGGCCUGCUUUUGAGAGGCACCGCUUCUAUCACUCCCUCGGCCCUGUAACAAGGGUGGCAAGAACCCCCCACCGAGGACACCAGAAAGCCAGCAGCUCUGCAGAGUCCGAGGACCUGGCAGUGCACCUGUACCCGGGGGCCGUGACCGUGCAGGGGGUCCUGCGAAGGAAGACCCUCCUCAAAGAGGGGAAGAAGCCAACGGUCGCCUCCUGGACAAAGUACUGGGUAGCUCUGUGUGGGACUCAGCUCUUCUACUACCCUGCCAAGUCCCUGAAAGCCACGGAGAGAAAGCAUUUCAAGUCGACCUCCAGUAAGAGCACGUCGGUACUGGGCUGGAUGGCGAUGAUGGCAGAUGACCCUGAGCACCCGGACGUGUUCCUGCUCACAGACUCUGAGCACGGAAACUCCUACAAGUACCAGGCAGGGAACAGGAUGAAUGCCUUGCUGUGGUUUAAACACCUGAGUGCUGCCUGCCAAAGCAACAGACAGCAGGUUCCGACAAAUUUAAUGUCUUUUGAGUAGCUGCUGUGAAUGAAGGACCAGGUGAACUGCUGUACAGAAAAGACUGUAAGGAUAUUGGGAGAGACUGAGCCAGCAAUCACUAACCCAGUGCCACAGCAGAGCCUAGCCUCGCUGAACAAGGCAACUAAAAGCACUAACAUAUGAAGGGGAGCUGAGCCCUGCAGCUUCAGAGGGGAGACACUGAAGACUGUAACUGCCAUGGACUGUGUGCCCACUUUGCACUGAACUUGACCUGUGGAACCACUGCCUUAAGGAAUGAGAGAGAAACAGAACCAUUAAAGAGGCUUGACACCAAGUAGUGUGCGUGUCUGUUCCAGCAGCGCAGGUCACGGUGUGAAUCUGGAGGACCUUCUCUUCAGCUCCCCCUCCCUUUUUAACACCUGGGUGUUUUGUGUUUUAACAAAGGGGGGGUGUCUUGAUCAGACUUCUUUUUUUUUUUUCUUUCCAUCUCUGAUCAUUUGGUUGUAAUCCCCAUUAUGCUAUAUUCUCCUGUGUGAAUUUAGUUUCAAGCAAUAGGAAUGCUGUGUUGCAUUUCAUUUGCAUUUGUCACGACCGCAUAGCAGACCUUAUUGAGCUGUUCUGGUAAGCUGCCAGUUGACCCACAUUCAAGUUUCUGAUGGGUUCACAAUUAGGGUUUGUUAGUUUACAUGGUUAAAACCAAGAAGUGUAGAGCCAGCACAUGGUGCAAAAAUGUGGUUUGUGUUUUACACCUGACUGCCCUGUUUUUUUUAUUUUUAUGGAAAGGUUAUAGGAUGGGGGGGCUGGUGUUUGAUAUUCAAAAGGGUUCGAAUCUUACAGGAUUUUAUAACACAACUAUUUAAAUAGUUUUCAGUUUUUGAAAACCUUUUUGUGAGCACAGUUUCUAAUCACUAAUGUUAGUAAUAAACUAGUAAUCACUCACACUGAUUCACCCUCUCAGUGCAAAGAAGCAUCAGGAGCUAGACUGCUGCAGGUUCACUAGCGGCACAGCACUUCCACUUCUCAUUGUUAACCAGCAAAGCAGAUACAGGUUGGGGCUUCACUUUCCCUUUGUCUACUCGGUCCAGCUCAAACUGAAAACACUUUGGGGAGUCAAAACCCAUUUCUUUUCCCCGUAGUUGGCAGUAUUACAGUGUAGAAGUAGCCUGCACAUGUCGAGGUUCUUUUUGUUACAAUUGAUUUCCCAAGCGUUUGUUUUGACGCGUUUUGUACCCUUUGUUUUUUCUUCUGAUUGUUUGAUCUUUGUGCAGAUGUUCCUGUUGAGUUCUUUUUGGGCCACGCUGCUGCAGCUAGUUUGGAUUUCCAAGCUGUUUUGAUACACGUCGGCAGGGUGCUGGGUUAUGACUUUGCAAAGCUUAAUUCGUAUAAUUAUUAACACUUCCCAGCCAUCCAGCAGUGCAGUAGUAGGGCCUGUUACGUUUCCAUCACUUCAUCUGUUUACACAUUGACCCGUCAAAGCUGAAUCUAUUAGCAGACAUAGGUCAUGUUCUUGCGCUGGUAUUCUUCACAUCCAAAUUAAACUGGCUGCAAUAGAAACAAUUUUCACCCCCUGGAUACCAGUGCAGUAAUAGUUAUCAAAGAUACAAUCAACUGCUUGCUUCUAAACUCUUGUUGUUGUGUGUGCGAUUCACAAUGUCUGGAAUCCAAAAGAACUGGAUUAAAGAUGGAAAAGCAACUGCAGUGAUAGUGGUAUCCAGGGUUACAAAAAGAACAAGGUCUGGUAAUAUGUACUUUGUCUUUGUGCCCCAGGGGGCUUCGGAUGCCUGACAUUAACUCUACGGUUCAGCAGCCCUGCAGCAGCACUCUGCCUCUGCCCUGGAAGCACCCAGCUUCAGCUUUGACUUGUGUUAAUAUACUUUCAACUCUCACACUGACGAGCUGUUGAGACCCUGAAGAACUGAAGGACCCAGUAUUGACGAGGAUACCGUGAAAUGAAUUCACCUUUUUGGUUUUGUUAAUUGCGACCUCUGUUGGGAUUGAUGACAUGAAUAUUUACCAGGCUAGGAGUCUAGGUAAAUAGGAGGGACUGGAAGGUGGUGUGGUUUGUGCAUGAGAAUAGUUCAGAUAAGGAGAGAUUUAUACAGUGUUUCAUGUAUAGAGUGGUACCAUCCAUGCCAAAGUCGAGGCGCAUUUAAUGAGACUGACUUUUGAGUAAGACAAGAACAAUGUGAACCUGGUGGCUCUGUAUUCUGAAUAGGCAGGUUAGAGGCAGAGGGUGAGGGAGAGAGGUGACACAUUAAGCACAAGUAGGGAGCAGCAAGAACAGUUUACAGAGCAGUGAAGUCAUAUGCUGGUCAGCCUGUCGUCAGGGUUUGUGUGUAUGCCAGUGUGUAAAUAUAUGUGUUUUUGUUUUGUUUUAUUAGGAGUAACAAGCACAUCUGUAAUAGCUAGCUAGCUUUGCUAUACAUGGGACAUGUGCUAACCCAUGAGGGUUGUUUAAACCCCACUGGUUUAAGUAUUUUGUUUUUAGUUUUUUGUUUUUUUUUAAUCUGAAAUUAUUUCAUUGCAUUCGAAAGUGGCUUGAGUGUAAACUUGCUAUGGAGAACAUCUGCAAACCUGACUUGUGCAGUUUUAAAAUAAGUGUGCGUGUGUAAAUACAAAUCUUAUCCUAGAUUUAAAUGAGUUUUAAAACCAGUAAUUUGUGUCGGAAGACAUCUGCAUUCUACAGCUUGGCAAACCCCCCUUGUUGAUGUGACGGGGGUGGAUUGCCAGUUCAGCUUUGGCCACGCUAAUGUAGAUCACAUGGGAAUCCUGUGCAGUUAAACAGGCCUCUGAGACAGCUCUGCUCUCCGUCUGCUCUGCCAGAAGAUUAUUGUUGAGACACAGGGAUCAUUCUCACGGUUUCAGUUGCAGUCUUGAAGUAGCUUGCGGCCCCAUUGCUUCAAUGAGGAUGUUUCCCUCCUUACCUCCUGACGCGUGGAUGGCUCAGAACACACUGCGUUACCCACUCUCUGCUAUCCAGUGUAGGGUCUUGAACUUGGGCCACUGGUCCAUGUAUAGUAAGACCUAAUGCUUUACCAAGAACUGGCCUGACGCAAGCCCCUUUUAGGCACUCCUCCAGAAACUCCUAAUCUGAGCCAGACAGAGUUUACAUUUUAUUUAUUGGGCUUCAUCAAAUGUCAUAAAAGAGCUUGUUUAACUUUGGGGGAAAAAACUGGCUAAAGCACUGGCAUAAAUCAGACCCUGCUGGAUUAAUCUUCCUAAAAUCCAGUAUCUCGUGUGAUCUUUAAUAUCAGUCAUUUUUAAUAGAACACACGUUGCUAAAAAGACUAAACCCUGUUCCCCCAGACUAAGAGCGUCCAUGUGUCUCAGUCAUUGAGCCACGAUGUGAAGUCACACUACAAGCCCUUUCUGUGCUUUGGGAUUGGCAGGUGCGAAUGAUGAUGCUGUACUGAGUACAGAGCUGCACUAUGACCUCUGUUGUAGAGUGAUGUGCUGUUUUGGGGGCUUUGCUUUUUGUAUUGAUUGUUUUGUUUCACUGUUUGUUAUAUAUAUAUAUAUAUAUAUAUAUAUAUAUAUAUAUAUAUAUAUAUAUAUAUAUAUAUAUAAGAAGUUGGAAAGCCUGUUUGUAUGCGUGUGUGAUUUUACUGUGUGUGUUUGCACAUAAGCUGUUGGAACACUUUAGGUACUGAUUUAAACUAAUCUUUCCUACUGAAAUAAACUACUUGAAUUGUUA